ACGUAGAUCUACUAUUAGAGCUGAAAAUAAAUUACUGCCUUUGGUUCGGAUUGUCCUCCUUGUCUGUUGCUGUUCAGGCUCCUGUGAAGGUCUACGUGGAUUAGAUGACCGUCCUCAUGUAUAUAUCUUUCUUGCCAACCGGCAAUGGAGCUAGUUUGCUGUUGGGUCUGUCGAGGAGAAGGAGGACAUCAGGCAGUGAACGAUAAAUAUUUUUCUGAAAAUUUCGAAUUCAUUGCAGACUUUUCAAUAGAGUUUAUUACACUAGCAUCUACAGCGGCAUACAACAAUGGAGAGUGACGGGGAGAAUGAGCAAACUGUGCCUUUCGCUCCUGAUGAAUGUAGUAAUGACAACCGGAGUGUUACCUCUAUUCAUCAGACUUGUUCUGAGGACUUUCGUGAUGGCGACCUGAAUGCCACAAAAGCUUUCUAUGGCAUCGUGUUGGCCGCAAUGGCAUUCCUUUUACCGUUCUUACCAGUUUUCUACAAGAUGAACGGUAUUACAGCGUCGGAAAACGGUCUCCUUGGUGGCCUACGUCCCUUAGUGAAUUUCUGGAGCGGUCCCCUAUUAAGUGGGCUGGCUGACAAACUGCAGCGUCGCAGACUUAUUCUCUUCAUCAGCGCUAUCCUCUAUGCCAUGAUCACGUUCAGUAUAUGGUUCGUACCAGCGGACGAGCAAGUGGGUUGCGGUGCCUCGGCACACUGUGUACUUGAUGGCGUACCACCCAUCACCGGGGGCAACACCACGAUAGCCACGGCCAGCUCCACAACAUCGUUGCCAUGGAAACACUCAGCUAUGACCAGACUUUCGUUAUCCACUGCGAUAUCACCAGGCCAAUCAACUGAGUCACCAGAUGCUAACGCCACAUCAUCCCCCAUCCCGAUCGAACAGGGCUCCUCUGGAAGCCAUGCUAGAACCCUGGCAUAUUUUGUUGUGAUGAUAUUUUUCAGUGAACUGGUGGGCGCCCCAGUGCUCCCCUUGACAGAUACGAUUGUCCUGGAGACUCUCGGCCACCAGCGCAUUUCACAGUUUGGUCGCCAGCGCCUGUGGGGAGCCGUGGGUUUUGGAAUCGCUAAUGCCGCGGCUGGCUUUGGAUCAAGCUCAUUGGCCGACUCCUGCGGCCGGGGCAAUUAUACUGUUCACUUUGUUGGUUUUGCCGUCCUGUAUGUCAUCUCGUUAGGGGCUGCACUGAAGCUGAAGGAUACUUACCAUCCGCUGAGCGCUAAGACUACGGCAGCUACGACAGUACAAACGAGAAUCCGAAUCGGCCGAGGUUUGCGCUUGGCUCUGUGCAACGCCCGCGCAAUCUGCUUUCUUGUCGCUGUGUUCUUCUUAGCCAUUGCGAUGUCCAUCGUUGACAACUUUCUAUUCUGGUUCCUAACAGAGCUGUGUGCAUCCGAACUGCUCCUUGGUCUCUCUGUUCUGACCAUGUGCAUGUCAGAAAUCCCGCUGUUUCUUAUCGCCGGCCCAGUGAUCAAGCGCUUUGGCCACACGAUGGUGCUGGUGUUUGUGCUGAUGUGCUACGCCAUUCGAUUCCUGGGCUACUCGCUGCUGCAGAACCCCUGGCUGGUCAUGCCGAUAGAACCGCUACACGGUGUAUGCUUUGCACUGAUGUGGUCCUGCUGUGUGUCCUACUGCAAGAAAAUAGCGCCGCCAAAUUUGGAAGCUACUCUGCAGGGUGUGCUAAAUGGCAUGUUUAGGGGCGUGGGCCGCGGGACGGGGGCCGUGCUUGGUGGUUUCGUGUACCAUCACUUCGGUGCCCGUUGGCUGUUCCGUUCCUGCGCAAUCAUGUGCUGCAUUGUGGCAGCGCUGUACCUAGUGUCGGAGAGAAUCAUUUGCCAGUACGAGCGGCGACACGGCACGUUGAUUUCCGGUACGGCGAAGCUCGUCGACGGCAUUGAGCUCAAUGAACAUGGCAUCGUAACGUUGGACGACGACAACGAAUGUGAGCUGAGUAACGGUGCGCCUGUCAUUAGCUACCGUUCAGACAGCACCCAUGUUAACGGUAGAGUGCAUGAUGGUAUAGGUGACUUCACACUGGUAUCGUCCAAUCCUGACAAGGCUCUCGAUAUCGCCACCGCUGAGAAUGAUGAAUUUGAACAAGAUGGAGACAUUGAAACUGCGCUGCUCUAGGUGACCCUAAUAACAUAAUCAUGCUCAUGAAUACUAGUCCUAUUUAUAUUUUUAAAUUUUACUCUGCUCUAUGUCCGUUGCUCACUGGGCUUUCUGAGCCUGAGACUUGACAAAAUACAAAUUCAUGUUCUGCUCAAGACUUAGAAACCACCCACGUGUGCUGGUACCCCUCUCACGUUGACUGGAUAGGCAAUCUUAUACUCAACGAAUCCCGGCCAGUUGAUUAUAAUUCGGUACGUAUCUAUUUAAUUUACCUUUGCCCAUCCAGCUGGUCUGGCUUUAGACACUUGACUCUUGUCCUGCCUCCUUUUUUAUGCUAUGAUCCAUCAACCAGGUGAUUGUCUUAUUCAAACCCACCUAACUUUGUGCUAUUACAACCAGUGGAGAUGCUUUGAAUGGCAAAGCUACCACGCAGCGAUGCACUGGUGCUGGUUUGUGGCACCGCUCUUCUUUACUCCACUCAAUACUUCGCAUCUGCUAUACUUCAUCCGUUCUAAUCGAACCUGGUGACUCACCCAAUGACAUCAUUCGCAUAACACUGAUGUUCUGUGAGUUGUUCUGAAUCCGGCACCUGAAGACUACAUGUACCAGAUACUUAUACUAACUUAGUGGCCCCACACGGCCCCUACAUGCAGUGUUUUAUUAUUGGAAUUUAUUGUUUAUUAUUUAUUAUUCUUUUACUAGGGAAUUCCCAACAGGCGUCAGCGCCUUUUUACAGGGAACCCUAGAUAUAAUUUGAUGGAUGAGCGAAAUUCAGCUAGUGAACUAGACAUGCGGCAAGCCGGUGGAAGUGUAUUCCACCUGGCAGCGCCCAAAAUAAAACGAA